AUGGCAAGUGACGACAAAUCUUCUUUAAAACAUCCUCAUCGUUCUAAACGACGAUUUUUUCAAACGAAAACAUUUCGUUUGAUAUCAAUGCUUGUAUUAACAUUUUCGUAUUUUGUUGUUGAACUUGUUGUUGGUUAUAUAACAAAUUCUGUUGCAUUGGUUGCUGAUUCAUUUCAUAUGCUCUCUGAUGUUAUAUCAUUACUUAUUGCUAUUGUUGCUGUUAGAAUAGCUAGACGUAGUUCACUUAAGAAUACAUAUGGAUGGGUACGUGCUGAAGUUGUUGGUGCAAAUAUAAAUACAGUUUUUCUUCUUGCAUUAUGUUUAACUAUUAUAUUUGAUGCUAUUAAACGUUUUGUUCAACCAGAACGAAUUGAAAAAGUUAAUUUAUUAUUAAUUGUUGGUUCAAUUGGUUUGGGAGUUAAUAUUAUUGGUCUUUUCUUAUUUCAAGGAUUCCAUGGACAUUCACAUGGAGGUAGUUCACAUGGACAUUCGCAUGGAGGCGGUUCACAUGGACAUUCAGAUAAAAAAAGUUCACAUGGACAUUCGCAUAAAAAAAAUUCACAUGGACAUUCACAUGAAAAUAAUUC